GAUUUCUUUGGCUGUCUGUACUGGCUUCCAGAAAGUGUCUAGUCGGCUAUUAGUAUUACGGCUUGAUAAGGGUGUCGAAGUUACGCUAUUAGCAGCUUUAUCUAUAUAUGGAUAUUUCGAGAA